UUAGGAAACAGUAAGGAAAGCACACUGAUGUCAACCAACCGCAGUGGAUCAUGGGUGGGAUCAGCCAAGCCAGUCUGAUAGCCACGUAGCUAGCUGUGCAGCUAACGUCAGCGAACGUCAUAAUGGACUUGCCACAUCAGGGGUACCGAGCAACUAAACCGAGAGCUCGUGCAGCUCCCCCCACAGCAGAUUCUGUCCUGUUUGAUGACACCAGCUCUGCAGCACCAGCAAUGAACAGUCAAGGAUACUACACUCCUGGGUACAAUAUGGCAGGACCCUCAAAUAACAUGCAAGGAGGUGCUGGACCUGACCUGUUUGCUGACCCAAUGGCCAACGCUGCAAUGAUGUACGGCUCCUCAUUAGCCAACCAAGGAAAAGAUAUGGUGAACAAAGAGAUCAGCAGAUUCAUGUCUGUGAACAAGCUGAAAUACUUCUUUGCCGUCGACACUAGAUAUGUAUUGAAGAAACUUAUGAUCCUCAUGUUCCCUUACACGCAUCAGGAUUGGGAAGUACGUUACCAUAGGGACACUCCACUGACUCCAAGACAGGAUGUGAAUGCACCAGAUCUUUACAUACCGACAAUGGCUUUCAUUACUUACAUUUUACUUGCUGGAAUGGCCCUCGGCAUUCAAAAACGGUUCAGUCCAGAGGUUCUUGGACUGUGUGCCAGCACCGCCCUUGUGUGGAUCAUCAUCGAGGUCUUGGUGAUGUUGUUGAGUUUGUACCUGCUGACAGUCCACAGCGACCUCUCCACCUUUGAUCUCAUUGCCUACAGUGGCUACAAAUAUGUUGGGAUGAUCUUCACAGUGUUAUGUGGUUUACUGUUUGGCAGUGAUGGGUAUUACGUGGCUCUUGCCUGGUCCUCUUGUGCCCUUAUGUUCUUCAUUGUUCGAUCUCUGAAAAUGAAGAUCCUUCCCUCUCUCUCCCCUGACUCCAUGGUAACUGGAUCAAGUGCCAAACCUCAAUUCCGCCUUUAUAUAACCGUGGCUACUGCAGUGUUUCAGCCAAUCAUUAUAUAUUGGUUAACCUCUCACUUGGUCAGGUGACCGUGAAGCAUUAAAUAACCUGAAGUCCAAGUGUGUUGGACCCAAACAUUUGGUUAUUGAGUGUUUAUACACCUGCCUUUAUACGCUUUUUUGUCAGUAAACUUAAAACGUGCAGACGGUGUUAAACUGCAGCGUGUGUUGAACUUGUCAGAUGGACAUGUUAAAAAUGAAAUGGUUUCAAAGUGUGACACAGAAAAGGUGUCAUUGGAAGUUGUUUUUUCACCAUUAGUGUACAGUGACUCUGACAAAUGCUUAUUUUGGCCAUCUAACUUCGAACAAAAGGGCUUGUUUAAUCAUUACUCAGAUUCAGUUCAAGUGUCUCUACAGUAUUUACACCAGACAAUACAGUACAAAUACCACCUAGACAAAAAACACAUACACACAUGAUUCAAGUACUUUUUUUUUUCUGGUAUGGUAAUGUUGCUGCAUUAUUCCCCUUUCUAUUGUGAGUUUUGGAUUUUAUUUAUCUACAUUGGAAAGAGCAUGACAAUGUUUGAAUUUUUUGUAGAGAAAAAAUAAAUAUAUUUAGCUUUGUGUAUUCAAUU